CCAGGGAAUCCCCCUCAAUGCGUCAUCUUCCCUCCCGGAUGUACUAAAAUUUGUCUCUGCGCAGGACCGGAUACAACGGGAGAAUCAUGGCUAACACACAUAUUUCAUACCCAGCAGUCCGUCCAAAGCCAGAGGGGUCACAGAAAGUGGAAACUCCAGUUGGGAAUUAUGGUGUCCCUGAAAUGAUGACACAUGGAUUUGACAAGAACGAUGCCAUCAGCAAACCAGUGCAUCCAUUAGAACAAUCUGAGAAACAAUGGAAUGAGAACAAAAUGAAGAUGGACUUUGCCAUGUUACGAAAGACAGAAGGCAUCCAUGCGCCUUUACGACUUCAGAUGGAAUUUGGAGUAGCUAAAAGGAAUUUACGACUACCAGGACUACACAGCUCAGGUCUAAUGCUUGAUACAUUAACAGGCAGGGAUGAGAUAAUCGAUUUUGAUGACAUCCUAAACAAUCCAUAUGAAUCAGAAACGAUCAUUGAUCAUCAUGGACUGAUGGAGAAGAGGCUGAACAUACUAUAGUGCCACCUGGUGGUGGAUGUUAGAUAUAUAAUAAACUCUCAUCUCAUUGUCUGGACUAAUAAUUGUCUGUAGUGCUAUUCACUCUAUGUAAGAAUUAAAUUCAUUUUUUACAUGUC